AUGCCGUCCACCAAGCGUUUGUUCGACGAGACUGAUGUGCAGCGGACUCCAAAGAAACGACGCACUCUCACUCCACCCACCACUCCCCCAACACCAACCCGCACUCAUCCCAUGCGCACCCGCCUCUCCACCCUCACCAUAACCCGCGCCGCCGUCCUCAGCACCCCAGAACUCCUCACCCUCAUCCUCUCCCACCUCCCGGCCCUCCACCUCCUCCAUUCCGCCCGUCUCGUCUCCUCAACCUGGCACCAACUCAUCACAACCACAUCACCAACCCUCCGCGCAGCGACCUACCUCUCCUCCCCGCGGCCCAAGAAGAGAGAAUGGUACGUCUUCGACCAAAUCACUUCCCACCUCGCCCUCUUCCGCUCCGGCGAUGAAGUCCUUCUCCAAUAUCAACUCGGAUACCUUGCCGCUAAGCAGUGGGCUGAACGGCAGUUAUCGUCUCGUCCGACGGAGAUCAACGCCCUCAUCCUCCGGCGCACCGAACAGGGAGGGAUGCUGAGGCCUUUGGCGGAAAGGGCGAUGGUUUGUGAAGGACUUUCUCUGCUUUCUCCAUUCGAGGCUGGGCUGAGUAAGGACAAGGCGGAGGGUUGGAUUGGGCUGUUGAAGACGGACGGGGUGUGGAGUCGCAUGUUGGUGAGUCAGCCGCCGGUGAGGGUUGUGGAGGCUUGGGUGCACUAUGAUGUUGUGCCGAAGAAGGGUACGACCAGCAUGGCGUUGAGGUCGGGGCUGAGCUCCGCGCCGGAGAGAAAGGUUUGGGACUUUACCCGCAGUGGCAGAGGGGCUGGGAGGGAGAGGAAACCAACGGGCAAGAUGCACAUUCAUGUGGAGAGGAGAGAUGGGCAGGGUGUGACGGUUGGGGAUGUGAUGGGCGAAAUUGUCAAGAAGGCGAGAGUGUUGCAAGGCAAGGAUGAUGCGGAGGUGGAGGUGAGAAGUGGGAGUGGCAAGUGGGGGAGUAUAGUUUGGUUGCUUGGGGCGGUGUUUGUGAGUGAGGAGGAGAAGAAGGGGAUGGAGGGGAGGAGGAUUGGAGGUGUGAGUGGUUGA